UUACUAUUCCUGGCACUUCUAUUUAAUUUUUUGUUUCUUUAUGCUAUUGCAUGCCACAAGCUCCGAGCUUUCUACCCUUCUCUGCAUAAAUAAUCACGAUGAGAUGAUUGCGUAGGGGAACUCUUAAGGUGUAUUGUCUCAUUAUCCAGAUAAUCCUAAUCCUUAAACCUCCCAAAGAAAUAGAAAAAUGUCUACUUUCAGGGUAUGCUUCUGUUUCCGGAGGAGGUUCAAGAUCAGGGAGGCCGAACCACCUCAAGACAUCAUAGACCUGUUCAACCAAUACUCGGAGAACGGCACCAUGGGCAUUGAUCAUCUCCACAGGUUCCUGUUAGAAUUCCAAAGAGAGAAGAAUGCAACCAAAGAGAAUGCUGAAGCAAUCUUUCACAGCCUUAAGCAUCUCAAUGUCUUCCACAGAAAGGGUGGCCUACAUCUCAACGCUUUCUUCCGCUAUCUUCUCAGUGACCACAAUCCUCCCAUCCCUCCAUCCCCUCAGGUGCACCAUGACAUGAAUGCUCCCCUGGCCCAUUAUUAUCUGUACACAGGGCACAACUCCUACUUAACAGGGAAUCAACUAAGUAGUGACUGCAGCAGUGAGCCCAUUAAGAAGGCCCUAGCGAAAGGCGUGAGAGUAAUUGAGUUGGAUCUGUGGCCAAAUGCCACAGGGGACAAAGUCGAAGUUUGUCAUGGGGGGACGUUAACCACUCCAGUAGGUCUCAUGAAAUGUCUGCACGCCACCAAGGAUUAUGCUUUUGUUAUAUCAGACUACCCUGUUGUCAUAACCUUUGAAGACCAUCUGACUCCAGCUCUUCAAGCUAAAGUGGCAAAGAUGGUUUCAAAAACAUUCGGGGAGAUGCUGCACCUACCUGAAUCGGAAUCCUUGGCAGAAUUCCCCUCGCCUGAAUCGCUGAAGAAAAAGAUAAUGAUCUCAACCAAACCACCAAAAGAAUACCUUGAGACUCAGGACAGUAUGGAAGAAACCACGCAGCAGCAGGAAGAAGCAGAAGAGGGAGAAGCAGAGCCCAAUGAAGAUGGAGUAAAAGCUCCUGAAUAUAAGAAAUUAAUUGCCAUCCAUGCAGGAAAGCCAAAAGGAGGAGUUCAAAGCUGGUUGAGAACUGAUCUCAAUAAGGUUAGACGUCUUAGUUUGAGCGAGCAAGAGCUAGAAGCCAUAUCGAGAUCACAUGGGACUGAAAUUGUCAGAUUCACCCAGAAGAAUCUGCUGAGGAUAUACCCUAAAGGGGCGCGUUUCGACUCAUCUAACUACAAUCCGUUGCUUGGUUGGAUGCAUGGAGCUCAGAUGGUCGCAUUAAACAUGCAGGGCUAUGGGAAGUACCUGUGGAUCAUGCAAGGCAUGUUCAGAGCCAAUGGCGGAUGUGGAUAUAUCAAAAAGCCUGAUUUCUUAUUGAACAGAAGCGAGAUCUUCAAUCCGGGAGCAAACCUUCCAGUGAAAAAGACCCUCAAGGUUAAAUUGUACAUGGGGGAUGGAUGGCAUUUGGAUUUCCCCCACACUCAUUUUGAUCUCUACUCCCCACCCGACUUCUUUACCAAGGUUGGGAUUGUCGGAGUUCCAGCUGAUACAACAACGAAGAGAAGCAGGGCCAUUGAAGAUGAUUGGGUCCCUGUAUGGAACGAGGAGUUCCACUUCUCACUCACUGUACCGGAGCUGGCGGUUCUCCGGAUCGAGGUCCAAGAGUAUGACACCUCCGGAAAGCACGACUUUGGAGGUCAAACAUGCCUACCAGUGUCCGAGCUGAGAGAAGGGAUACGAGCAGUUUCUUUAUUUAGCCGUAAAGGGAACAGAUACAAAUCGGUCAAGCUGCUCAUGCAUUUCGAGUUCUUUGACUUUGAUGCGUCUAUGUGAUUGUUUUAUCAAUGUACAACUAUGUGUAAUGGAUACACUACUAGCUUUGGCUAGCUGCGGGAAACCUUUUAGUUCUAAUCUAAAAGUCGGAAAUGAUUGAUGUUUA